AUGGCCUUUUUGGGUUGGCAUAUUAGGCCUCCAGGUAAUUUGUUGUUGUUUAUGAGGAUAAUACCAAUAAUUAGUAUAAUAAUAAUAAUAAUGACGACAAAAUCAUCUGCUGCCAUGAUGAGCGAUGUGGAUGCUUUGCUAAAAAUGAAGCAAUCCUUAAACAACCCGCUGUCUCUUGAUUCAUGGAAGCAAGGUGGGACGAGGCCGUGCGAUGGAUGGGUGGGCCUUAUCUGUGCUAAGAAUGGGAUUGUGACCGCCCUCCGUCUCCGAUCAUUGAAUCUAUCCGGCGAGAUAGACAUUUUUGCUGUGUCACAAUUGCAGGGACUACGGGUCAUCAACCUCGUGAACAAUUCGUUUUCUGGGCCCAUCCCUGAAUUCAACAAACUCGGGGCUUUGAAGGCUAUUUAUCUGUCAAUGAAUCAAUUUUCGGGCGAGAUUCCUUCAAACUACUUCACCAAAAUGGUGUCUUUGAAGAAGAUAUGGUUGGAUAACAACAGAUUCUCAGGCUCCAUCCCUUCUUCCUUGGCGCAACUCCCCCGUCUCAUGGAGUUGCAUCUCGAAAAUAACAAGUUUUCAGGUUUCAUCCCAUCAAUAGGGCAACAAACUACUUUGGAGUCGCUUAACUUUUCAAGUAAUCAACUCACAGGGGACAUUCCUUCAAGCUUAUCAAGAUUUGAUGUGGCCUUAUUUGAUGGAAACCCAGGGCUUUGCGGGCCAAAGUUCCGUAGGCUAUGUGUUAGCAUGAUACAAACGUCAAAGCCACCGGCCCCUCCGCCUCCCGAGUCUUUACAGAUGGCUUACAUGCUCAUGGGUGUCUCUGUUUUCAUGCUCUUGUCGAUGAUAAUUGCCAUCUUUGUGUUGGUGAAGAAGAGGGAAAAACAAUUAGACACAACGUCCUCAUCAGAGAAACGAAAACUUAACGAUUCAUUUGAUCAUUUGGGCGUGGUUAGCCCAAACGAGUCAACAACGACCCGCCAGAAGAUAAUGUUUGAAAAGGGCGGGGGUGGGGAUGUAGUGCUGUUAAACAAAGGCGGCAUGGCUGCUUUUGGGAUGUCGGAUCUGAUGAAAGCCGGUGCAGAGGUUCUGGGGAACGGAUCCUUGGGGUGUUCGUAUAAAGCGAAACUGUCAAGCGGGUUGACAUUGGUGGUGAAAAGGCUGAAAGAAAUAAAUAAGAUGAUGGAUAAAGAGGGUUUCCAAGGAGAAAUGAGACGUCUGGGAAGACUGGAGCACCCAAAUGUGUUGGCACCACUGGCUUGCCAUUUUCGCAACAAGGAGAAACUCGCCAUCUACGACUACAUCCCUAAAGGCAGUUUACUUUACCUAUUGCAUGGUGAUCGAGGGGAAAGUCAUGCAGAGCUUAAUUGGCCAGCCCGUUUGAAAAUCAUUCAAGGAAUCGCACUUGGAAUGGGUUAUAUUCAUGCAGAACUAGGCAUGCUAGCCUUGCCUCACGGAAACUUGAAAUCAAGCAAUGUUCUUCUCCGCCAUGAUAAUCAGCCACUCGUUGUGGAUUACGGUCUUAUCAGUAUUAUCGAUGCACAUCAUGCCCCUAACGUGUUAACCGGCUACAAAGCUCCCGAAACAUUAAUAGAUGAGAAGCAUUCGGUGUCACCCAAAUGUGAUGUAUAUAGCCUAGGAAUCAUCGUUCUUGAAAUUCUAACUGGCAAAUUUCCGUCUCAAUACCAUACAAAAGGCAAAGGCGGCACAGAUGUAGUCCAAUGGGUAAAAUCUGCUAUUGUAGAGCAGAGGGAAGUGGAAUUGUUAGAUCCAGAGAUCACCACAUCAGUCGUAGGGCGGUCAAAUAAUUCUAUAGGCGAAAUGCAGAAACUCUUGCACAUCGGUGCCGCAUGUACAGAGAGUCAUCCAGAUAGCCGGAUUGACAUUAGACAGGCAGUUAGAAGAAUAAAGGAGAUUCGGGUUAGUUAA